ACCCACACAGCCCGGCGGCCGAGCACCUUACUCGGUCUGAUCUCACCAGCCGGCUCGGUGCUGUGGAGCUCUCAUUUCAUCACUGUGUGCGUGUGUGAGACAAUGCGCGUGCCACGCUGUGCGCGCCCGUUCCUGAUCUUAAUAUUGAUGGGAGUCAGCCUGAUUUACAUGAUGUGAGGAGAUAAUGAGACUGCAGCUGACUGAACCUGAGAACAAAGCAGCAGCAUAAAGUCAGAUAUCCAGAGCAGCAGGCGGACCUUAACUCCCAGAAUGCCUGAGCAGAGUAACGAUUACCGGGUGGUGGUGUUUGGAGCCGGUGGAGUGGGGAAGAGCUCGCUGGUCCUUCGGUUUGUCAAAGGCACCUUCAGAGACACCUACAUCCCCACUGUGGAGGACACGUACAGACAGGUGAUCAGCUGUGACAAGAGCGUCUGUACGCUGCAGAUUACUGACACAACAGGAAGUCACCAGUUUCCCGCCAUGCAGCGACUUUCUAUCUCUAAGGGCCACGCCUUCAUCCUAGUGUUCUCCAUCACCAGCCGCCAAUCACUGGAGGAGUUGAAACCCAUAUACCAACAGGUCCUUGCCAUCAAAGGUACGGUGGAAUCCAUUCCCAUCAUGCUUGUGGGCAACAAAAGCGAUGAGACGGCUCAGCGCGAGGUGGACACGAAGGUGGCCGAGGCUCAGGCUGCAGCCUGGAAGUGUGCCUUCAUGGAGACAUCGGCCAAGACAAACUCCAACGUGAAGGAACUGUUCCAGGAGCUGCUGUCCCUGGAGAAGAAGAGGGACAUGAGCCUGAGCAUUGACGGCAAGCGCUCAGGGAAACAGAAACGAGCCGACAAGUUGAAGGGGAAGUGCAGCAUCAUGUAGAGCAGGCGCUGGACUCGCUGUACAGAUGUGGAAACAGGAGGGGGAGUCUGCUAAUGAACUCCCAUAGAGA